UUAAUUGUCAAGUUUGAAUUUUGUUUCCCUGUUUGUAUUCAAGUUUGGCAGCAUUUCUCAGGUUAGCUGACCCAUAAUACUCAAGGUGACACUCCUUCCAUGACUUUAUUCACUGCACCUUCACCAAGGCCACGUUCACCUUUAUCAGUCGUGUAAAUGAAGAUGGAAUCGGGACCAGCGCUCACUGAGUGGAACACUGACCUCAUGGACUGCUUUGAAAGUGCCAGUACUUGCUGCUACGGUUUCUGGUGUUGCCCCUGCAUGGCCUGCACGGUGGCAGGGCGAUACGGAGAGAACCGAUGUCUGCCCUUGUGUGACAUCCUUAGCCCUGCCUUGUGUGUCAUUUGCGAGAUCCCUCUGGUUGUGCCCCCCGCAGUCUUGUCUCUGAGAGCAAAUAUGCGAAGCAAGUAUGGUAUCAAGGGCUCCCUUUGUAAGGACGUCAUUGCUUCCUGCUUCUGCAUGUGGUGCAGCUGGUGUCAGAUGCACCGUGAGCUCAAAUACCGAAGCGAAACUCCAACCAUCAUUAACGUGGUUAACCAAACCGUGGUCUCUCAGCCUGCUCCUAUGAUGAUGACCACGCAAGAGCCUCCUCCCUAUUACGUUCCUCACCCACAUUCGCAGUUUCUGAAGAGCUGAGGCCGAUUGUCCUUCCUUUACCGUCAGCCGGUAUUUGAUUUAUUUGUUUACUUCCUCACUUAUUGAAGAAUAACCAUCUCGGGUCACCUCUUAAUUGACCUAUGGGAGGGGCACUGGUUUAAAAGUCAAACUAUGAUUGUAUUAUUUAUCCCUUUCUGUUAUUUACAGGACGUAUUUGUAUUGUACACUUGGUAAUUUGUCUUUAGUGGUAGGUCUGUCAUUAUUUAUUUAUUUAGUAUGGUUACUGUGUAACAAUGACCAAUCGGGCAUGAAGGGCAUAUUCUUUCUUGCGCAACUCCAUGUUUAAUUUUCCGAGGGAUGUUGUCGACGUAGCCAUUUAAAGAUGCUUUCAGAAAUGAUACUUAAAACAAGGCUUGGAAUAUGUUUUGGGAUUUUAUUAAACAAUAACUAUAAACAAUA